AUGAGUUUCUGUGCACACUGCGUCAAAGGUGUUACCCAUGAAGGCACUCCUCAAGGGAAGUGGGAGGAUAUCGCUGGAGUCAACACCUACGUUGCCACCCCUUCCGGUGACUACCCAAAAGACAAGGCUAUCCUUUUCCUGACCGACGUCUUUGGCCCUCAACUCAUCAACGCUCAGCUGCUCGCUGACGACUUCGCUGCAAACGGAUUCAAGGUCUUUGCCCCUGAUUACCUCCACGGCGACCCAGUCCCCCCCGAUGCGUUGAACCCAGGCAGCGGUUUCGACCUUAUGAAGUGGUUCCCCAACCACACCCAGGAGAAGACUCGCCCAUCACUUGAUAAGGUUAUUGCUGCCUUGAAGGAGCAAGGCAUCACCGUCUUCGGAGCUACUGGUUAUUGCUUUGGAGGACGAUACGUCUUCGAUCUCGCAUUCGACAAUGUGAUUCAGGCUUCCGUUGUUUCUCACCCUUCUCUUCUCCAAGUUCCUGCUGAUCUUGAGAAAUAUAUUUCCACCUCGAAAGCUCCUCUGCUCAUCAACUCUUGCACCGUCGACUCCCAAUUCCCUCCGGAGUCGCAAGCAAAGGCAGAUGAGCUGUUCGGUGAUGAUAAAUUCGCACCAGGAUACAAGCGUGAAUACUUUGAUGGAUGUACCCACGGGUUUGCCGUCCGUGGUGACAUGAGCGACCCCAAGGUCAAGGCUGGAAAGGAAGGCGCAUUCAAGUCUGCCGUCGACUGGUUCAUUGCUAAACUCUAG